AUGAGUUCCACCAGCCACAAGCAGUAUCAUGAUAAGAAUUACCCGGCAAAAAGAUUUGUUGAAGUUCACUUUUGUGAUGAUAGCUUCCCAUUAAUAAAUGAAAGCAUGGAGUUUCCACUGGAACAGAUACAUAAAGCCAUUGACUCGGGAGUCGUGAAGGGAAACACAUUGAUUGAUUUCAGUAUUGGAGCCUCAGCAAACCAUCUUAUAGCAGCCUGUAAUGGAUUCAAAGAUAUAUAUGUGGUAGAAGUUAAUGAGGUCAACAUCAAUGAAUUUGAGAAAUGGCGGCAAAGUAAAGAAGACGCUGUUAACUUCUCAUAUGGAGCGAAGGUUCUUCAUAAGUUAGAAGGAGGCAGAGAAGCAUGGCACGUGAAGGAAGACAAAGCAAGACAAGCAAUUAAAGGAGUAAUAAAAUGGGAUAUUUCUAACGAUGAUCAGGUCCCUGUAGAUUUACCCCAAGCAGACUGCAUUAUCAGUAUAUAUGUAUUGAAUGCUAUCAGCAAAGACAAAGACGCCUACCAGAGCAACCUUAAAAAAUUGACAUCCAGACUUAAAAUAGGGGGGAGCCUGUUACUAUUUUCACCCAUUAAUAUGACAUUUUAUGAGGUUGAUGAUCACAAGUUCUUCAUUUUAACAUUUGAUGAAGAUUUUUUAAAACAGGCUGUAAUUAAAGCUGGUUUUGUCAUUGAACAUGUGAAUGUAUUGCCUAGCAAAAAAAACUGUGAACUGGUUGAUUAUGAUGCCUUAAUUCAUUUAAGAUGUCGCAAGGAAAGAAAUAUUUAA